CCAUGGUUCCCUGCUGUUUCUUUGUGGCCAUGCUGGCCCCUCUGGUGUUAGCCCUGGAACAGUCUCCAGACAUGGUGAUCAAAGAAGGCCAGUCCGUGAAUCUGGAAUGUUCCAACAAGAAAUCCUCCAGCCCAGCUAUGUACUGGUACCUGCUGCCUUCAGAGAAGAAUUCCAGUCUGACCCAGUUGGUUUAUGCAGCUGAAGGUGCCAAUGCAGUGGUGGAGAAGGGUUUUGAGAGCCAUUUCAAGAGCAGCAAGAUAAAAGGAGACAGUAUCACCCUCUCAAUAGAACAUGCCUUUCUCAAUGACUCUGGCACAUACUACUGUGCUGAGGGUGAGCACAGUGGCUGGGCCCUUCAGCAGUCACCAGAUUCAGUUGUCCGACUGGGAGACACCGUCACUCUGCAAUGUUCUGCAUCAGCAAACAAUUACAUACACAUGUACUGGUACAAGUUACCCAUGGAGAAGGAUGCCAGAAUGCAGCCGGUUGUGUAUUCAAUGGAAGGCAGCAAAGCAGAUAUUGAGAAGGAAUUCCAAAAUCGCUUCCAGAGUAAUGGGACUAGGAACAACCAUUUAGCUGUGCAGAUCCAGCAUGCCCUACUCAAUGACACAGGCACAUAUUUCUGUGCUGAACAAGAUCCACAGUGA